AUGAGCAGCGAGACAGUCACUACGACUGUCACCGAGACGAAAACAUGGGCGUCGGGGGCCGCUGAGAAGAUUGUUUCUCACCCCAAGAUCCAGGAGGCGCUGCGUCAUCCGCUCCUCCAGCACCCGGCACUCCGGCAUCCCUUGCUCACCGAUCCCAAGGUUGUCGCCAUUGCUUCGGGGUUGCUUGUGAUCCUGCUGGUGCUUUGCUGUAACCGCAAGAGUGCGAAGAAGGGAACUCCCAACGUCAUCUUCGUUGGCCCGCCAGCGUCCGGCAAGACUGUUCUGUUCUCAAAGCCACACUUCUCUCGUUCCUUCUAUUACGACCGUGGCGCUCCCCUCAGCCGACGGGGCGACGAAGGCGGUCACGCUCGUCGAUGUUCCGGGCCACGCGCGCCUGCGCGACCAGGUCAGCAAGCUGCUUCCCGACAGCACCGCCGUCGUCUUUGUCGUCGACAUUAUCCUCAUUCUCAACUGACAAGCAGGGAACUUCCUCCGCUUCUUACGCAGAUGGCCGGUGUCUUCAACCGGCGGCUGAACGGGCCGACUCCCCAGCUCCUCAUCCUUGGACACAAGGCGGACCUGCUGUCAGGUAGCUCGGACAAGUGCCCUGCGGACAUCACAUCAAGCGCGCGCGACACGGCGGCGGAACGACUCCGCUCGAUUUUGACGCGGGAGAUGGACCGUCUCAAGGCUGCGCGCGGCGGCAGCGGCGGCCGCAUCGAGGGCAUGGGCAAGGUACAGACGAGUCGCGGAUUCUGGGGCCGUCUGUUCGGCGCGGCGCGAGCGGGCGAGAUCGAGGCUGAGGGCGAGGACGACGAAGCCAUGGUGUGGGGCGGACCCGGUGCGUUCCGGUGGGAGGACGUCGAGGGUGUCGAUAUCUCGUGGGGCGUCUCCGCCGUCGGCCCGGCGAACGCGCUCAUCGCCUCCAAGGAGCGGGGCAACGGGCUGAACGAGCUCGAGGACUUCCUUUGGGACCUAUGCGAUCGGCCCAACUACGUCACACCACAUGACCGAAGAGGCCACGCGCGCGUUGCCACCAGCCCGCACCAAACCUUGGACCUGGGAGCCAGCCUAGCCUUUGAUCUUCCCUCGUCGUCCAAUUUCUCUUUCCACACACUCUCUCCAACUACCAUCGCCGACACCAUGGUUCGCGGAUCGGACAUUAUCAUCGCGCUCAUCGCCAUCAUCUUCCCGCCCGCCGCGGUCGCCAUGAUGACGGGCUGCAGCUGCGACCUCCUCAUCUGUAUCGCCCUCACUAUGCUGGGAUACCUUCCGUGCGUAGAGCGACAAGCUUUGGUGCUGGAGGAAAUAGCUAACUUACAGUGGUCACAUCUACGCCUUCUACAUCCUGUGGAAGAGGAGGAGAUGUUCGGCAUGAACGGCUACACCUACCUCGGCAACGGCGAGUUUGUCGCCGUCCGCUCCGGACCCCCCGCCGGCAACCCCAACUACGGCUCCGUCUAA